AAAAUAAACAUUUUAAAGAGAGAGGCGGGUCGGAUCGUGGAUUCGCAACACUGGGAAUCCCAGAUCUCCACUCUCCGACGAUACGGUUACUUCACGGCUCGACAACCGCUCUUUCUCCGGCAUCGUUUCUCGCCCCCACGCUUUGACGCUUUUCUUUCUCCGUCUUAUCAUCCAUCCAUGCCUAUAUAUGCAUUUCUAUAUAUGAAUAGUCCCAGAAGCUCCAUUCACUUCUGUACGAAUGCGGUUUUGCUUUUCGAAUGAGCCCAAGGGGGAAAAUACAAGGAGGAACAGCUUUUCCAAAUGGUGGACUUAGGUCAAAUCCAAUUGAUUACAUGAUACUGAAUUUGUCAAUCAUUAAAACCCAGUUCUACAGCAGUCAUUGGGUUCGGACGAGAACAGGUGGAAUGUGCUUUUCAAUCUUGCAAGUGCCCAAAUGCAGCGUUCAUGUCUUAGCUACUUCAUGGUUUAAAAAUUUUCACAGUUUAAGUAAGAAUGCUGGAAACAGGUCUUGCUUUAGAUUUCUUGGAUCCAAUACCUAUGGGCUUCAAGGUGAACAGAGUAAGAGAUGGAGUAGAAAACUUAUAAACACAAAAUCAGAGGGUAGGGAAAAAAACAUCCCGACCAGCAAAACAAGGAACCUUAGACACGAAAUAUCAGAUGGAUCAAUUACAAGCAGCACUAAGUUAAAUAUCAAUACAUCAGAAAUAAGUGAAUUGCAAAGAAUUCAGUACUCUGAUAUCCAACAGAAGGUAUGCGAAUCAAGAGACUUGGCCAGUCUUAUAACUGUCAUUGUAUUUGAUAUUGAGACCACUGGAUUUAGUAGAGUGAACGAAAGGAUUAUUGAGAUUGCACUACAGGAUCUUGUAGGCGGUGAAAACAGCACUUUUCAGACUCUAGUAAAUCCAGAACGGUAUGUGCCAAAUGCACACAUCCAUGGCAUUUCAACCCAUAUGGUUAACAGACCCGACGUUCCUAGGAUGAGGGACUUGAUUCCAAUCUUACUGCAGUACGUCAAAAGCCGCCAGAAAUCUGGGGGACAUGUCUUAUGGAUUGCACACAAUGCUCGUAAUUUCGAUGUACCAUUCCUAGCCAACGAGUUUAGUCGCUGCUCCUUUGAGGUUCCCUCGGAUUGGCUUUUUAUGGAUACACUUCCCUUGGCACGUGAAGCAAUGAAGUCCAGAGGAUUGAAGCUUCCUCCAAAGGUAUCGCUGCCAGCCCUUCGUGAGCUUUUUGAUAUCGAAUCAGUUGGAUCAGCUCAUAGAGCCAUGGCAGAUGUGAUGACAUUGUCACUGGUUCUUCAAAGGUUGACUUUCGACCUAAAGUUGCCUGUUGCGAGCCUUAUUGAAAGAUCUUUCAGAGUAUCAGACUUGAGUACCGGUAGAAAGAAAAAGAAUUCAGGCUAGUAGAUCAAAAAGCAUGCAUUUGCGCCGCCUGCAAUAACUACUACUAUUCAGUUUAUUUAACAUUGAACUUAAUUCUUAUCAAUUGAAAUCUCUACAGAGAUCUUGAAUCUU